CUUCUUCUCACUUCUCACUUCACUGCUUGCCCUAAAAUUCUGAAGUUAAAAAAUUCGAUCUUUGGACAAUUUCAGCUUGAACCCACAUUUGAGGAAAGGGUAAAAGCAUUUGGAGAAUGGGUAGUACGGUGGAUGCAGCAGGAAAUCCGAUCCCCACAUCGGCAGUUUUGAUGGCAGCUUCAAAGCACAUAGCAACAAGGUGCCGUGAUGCGAAUGUGGCGUUUUUGAAGUGCAAGAAGGAUGAUCCGAACCCCGAAAAAUGCCUUGACAAAGGCCAUCAAGUCACCCGCUGUGUUCUUAGCCUGUUGAAGGAUCUUCAUCAAAGGUGCACUAAAGAGAUGGAUGCUUAUGCUGGGUGCAUGUACUACCACACAAAUGAGUUUGAAUUAUGUCGCAAAGAGCAAAAGGAAUUUGAGAAGGCAUGCCCUCUCUGAAUGAUUGCCAAGUGAAACAGCAGCUGAUCAACAUAAUAAUUUGAGCAGAUCUGCUAUAAGCAGAUUUUUUAUGUUAAAAGUACUUGCACUUGAUCCUCUUCUGGUUUUAAAUACCAAUGUUAUGGUUGUGUUGUUAUCUUCGAGAUGUACUGUUUCCCAAACAUGCAAAUUGCCUCUUGAACAGUGUUGCAACCUUCAUCAUCCCAUAUGUUGUGGAUACUCAAAUUCACUUGUGAGAGCUCUGAAUUUAAACGAAGAACCCUUUUGACUCCAGUAA